AUGCUGCAGGCUGUCGUGUUACAUGGCGAUACAAAAUCGCCCAGCUUCGCGAGGCGGGACUCGCUUAACCUCGACGAAUUGGUCACAUGGCACAGAAUCCCCGAAUGCAGUAACUACGCCAUGGCCACGGACAAGAUUGUCAACGAGCGAGUGGACUUGAUCUUUGACAGGCCGGACGCCUUGCCCGGAUGGAGGCUGGUGGUGACGAGCGCUGAGCAGUCACCCUUUCUAGACGCGCACCUUGCCGUCCGGCAUACUAGUUUCGACGGUGAGAGCCGCAAGGUCUUCCACAGGACAUUGCUAGAUCAUCUCAACCAUUCUCUCAAGGACGACCAGCUCUCGCCCCUUUUCUCCAAUGGACACACGCUGGUCUACCCUACCGAUGGCCCUGCAUUCCCGCCGCCCAUGGAAGAAUUUGGAGAUUUUAAGAUCGACCUGGGGUAUGUCCUCUCGACAGCAUGGAAAGAAUUGAAACCAGCGUGUAUGCAAAAGCCGACAGCGACACAGACGUCAUGGGGGCCGUUCAAACCGAACGACUACGGCACGGAACGCAAGAUCGUCCGCGUAGACGCAGUCAACAGUCGGAAGAUUGUCGACGUGUGCCGAUCUCACAAGACCACCAUCACGGGACUCCUCCACGGCAUCAUAUUUGCGUCGCUGCUGUGGGAGUGCAAGUCUGUCGUAGAGUCGCCGUCGUUUGUUGCCUCCAGUGCUGUGAAUCUCCGAAGGUUCAUGCCAAACAAACCACGGACAAUGCCGGACGUGGAGAUGGAUCCACGCAAGACCAUUGUCAACAUGCUCUCCACGGUGGACCACGAAUGGGAUGAAGUGGCUGUGAUGAAGCUGUUGCAGCUGUCGAGACCCCUGGACGAGAUCGCGGAGGAUUGCCGACAUUAUGAGGAUAUCGUAUGGGCGGUGGCCAAGAGCGCACGCGGUGAUAUUGAGAAAAAACUCGACGCAGGCCUCGAAAACGAUGUCAUGAAGCUCAUGUGGCUCGCGCCCGACUGGCGGUCGGAGAAGAAGCGGUCCUGCAAGAAGGCAAGAGUCGAGUCCUGGUGCGUGACCAAUCUGGGUGUGUUUGACGGAAAGAGGGCGGCCACGGAAUCCAGCGGCAAGGCGAAUGACAGCUGGGAGAUUGAUCACGCCGUCUUCACGGCCGUCGUCGACGCGGCGAGGUCUCUGUUCAUGGUCAGCGCCGCGAGCGUCAAGGACGGGGAUUUGUGCAUUGGGGUCGCUUGGCAGAGUGGUUUGGGUGAAUACAUUGACAAGGUGGGAGACCGCCUGACCAGGGAUAUGCACUCUUGGACAAAUCAUCUCGCAACGGGUGCUUGGGAGGAUAACUGGGAACAGCGAGCAUUUGCUUGA